AUGUCGCAACUGCGUUCAGGCCGCAGCCCUCUGCGAGCCGUACAUAAGGCUCAGGCGCGUCGAGAGCGAUUGGCCUGGCUUGAGGACGAGAUCUCUGCUGUUUUUUCGAUCAACUGCUGCUCCAUCAAGACCGGCACAUCGUUGAGGAACGCCCUCGGCGGCUCGCCUCGCGACCAGCAGAUCAUCUCCGCUCGCCGUGACGAGCCCUUGCACACGCCUGCAUCUGGAACUCAAGCAAGCUCCGUCGAUGCCGCCUCUGCGAGUGUGGACAACCCCGGGCUGAGCUUGCUGGCUCUCAACGCCACGGGAGAGCCGCGUUAUUUGGGGCCUUCCUCCGGCUCAUUCAUUGCCAACUACAUCGCGCUGUUGGCUCGGUCUCUUGGUCCGAAUCAAGCUCGCUGCAGACCACCUCCGCCAAACUCCAACAAUGGCGACGGUCGUGAGGGAGCCAUGACCGUGGCUGACGUGCACAAGGCUCUCUCUCCAGACCUCGCUCGAUUCCUGGCUCGGUCCUUCCAGCUCUGGAUGCUCCCUCUCUAUCCCCUGUUCAGCAACGAGGAUCUGGACAGACUCGUAACUAGGUGCAGUGAUUACGAGACAAGUUCUCAAAAGAAAACAUUCGAGCAGAAUUGCGAUAUGAUCAUCUACUUCUUGGUUAUGGCCCUGGGUGCCACCAAUGCCCCCCACACACUCAAAGAAACAAAGGAGCCAUCCCAACUGGACAGCUCCAUGCCCUCAGCAAGCCAUCUAUACGGCGCGGCGCUGAACCUCUUCGAACACAGUAUUCAACAUCAUCGUCCGAGUGUUUUCCUGAUACAGACACUUGUCUUGAUUUCCAUGUACAGCUCGUACGGACCGAGCGGCCUAAGCCAGUGGCAGCUUUCAGGCCUGGCUAUGCGAAUGGCUGUGGAACUCGGCCUCCACUGCUCCUACUCUGGUUCUCAAAUUUCCGAUCUUGAUAUUGACCGUCGGAAUCGGGUGUUUUGGGCGUCGUUUAUCAUUGAGAUAACCCUCGCCUACAACCUCGGACGACCGCCUAGUAUCACUGAUGAUUACAUCACGGCAAAGCUCCCAGAAGGCCUGGGGGAAACAGCUUUUGGGGUUCAGCAUAUCAAACACAGGAGAAUACAAAACAGGAUCAUGGCUUCCGUCUACUGUACAAAUCCAUCUAAAACCAUUUCUAUGGAAGAUCGGCUUCAAGUUAUCGAGAGUUUGCAGACGGAACUUGAUGGCUGGAGAGACUUCUUGGCCGGCCUCUAUGAGCACGACAAAACCUCUGUUUACCCGCAUAGCUACUGGGAGAGACUGUAUUAUAGCACUUCGUUCGUGCUGCAUCGAUCAAGCCCGCUCUGUCCACAACCUUCGCCCAAGUCAGCCGAAUUUUGCAUACGCUCCGCUGGACAUUACAUCGACAACUUGCUGGGGGUCUUACGCAGCACCAAUGUGCCAAUCACCUGGAUGCUAGUGCAAGGCGUAAUAUUCGCAGGCCUGACAAUCUUGGUAACGGCAAGAACCACAGCUUCUAAGCUGGCCCAAUACGCUGGUCCGUCAUUCUUGCUGGUGGAUUUAGCAAAUUGGACCAGGAAAUGCUCUUUAUGUAUAACCAUUAUCAAUGAACGAUGGUCGGAGGAUCUCGUUGCAAGCCUAGAUGCGCAGUAUGAAACGCUCGCCAUUGACACGCUCAAGAUUUUCGCGACGGGCCUUAUAGGCAAUGUUAGUUCGACGACAGCUACAAGUACAACUAGUCCAGGUCUUGCCUCCAACCUUGAUUCAGUCCCCAAUACUUGCGGCACGUGCGAUGCUCCAGCUUGGUCGGCCGGUGGCGAUGCUCCAGCUUGGUCGGCCGGUGGCGAUGCUCCUCUGGAGCCAUCACCGCCAAUGGAGUGGCGCUCCUUCGAGCCAUUCCGAGACUUCCUAGGUUGGGACAAUGGACAAGCCUUCUGGAACAUAUUCCCCGCACAGUCUGGCUUCGGCAUCUUUGAUGCUCUGGGAGCAGCCGCCGGCCAAGAAGCGUACAUGACCGACCAAUAUGGGUCUCAAGAGUGGACAAAUAUGUUCCUCGGGCUAUGA